AGAGAAGGGAGAGAGAAAUGGAGAUGGAGAUGAGAGCAAUGGAAGACAUAGAAAUGGCGGAAGACAUUACUCCGCCGUUGCCUCCUCUCACCGCCGCUCUCCACGAUGCCUUCUUCCUCACUCACUGCUCCUCCUGUUUCUCCCCUCUCCCAAAUUCCUCAAUUUCUCACUCUAAUCUCCUCCGCUACUGCUCCCCUAUAUGCUCCCGUUCCGAUUCCCUCACCGCCGCCGUCUUCUCCACCGAUCACUUCCCCUUCUCCGACACAUCCGACCUCCGCGCCUCCCUCCGCCUCCUCCACCUCCUCCUCUCCGAUUCCUCCGCUUGGCGCUCUGCUCCUCCCGAGCGUAUCUUUGGCCUUCUCACCAAUCGGGAGAAAUUGAUGCUUGCUGAAGACGAUUCCGAGGUUUUCGUCAAGAUUCGGAAAGGGGCCGACGCCAUGGCCGCUUCCAGACGGACGAACUCUGCCGAUAUUCGCUAUGACAACGCCUUGGAAGAGGCUAUCCUGUGCCUCGUAUUGACCAACGCCGUCGAGGUUCAGGAUUCGGUUGGCCAAACCAUUGGGAUUGCUGUGUACCAUCCAACCUUCUGCUGGAUCAAUCACAGUUGUUCUCCCAAUGCUUGUUACAGAUUUGAAACUCCGUCGGAUUCCAUCAAUACGAGGCUACGGAUUUCCCCCUUCUGUACUGACAUUGGGACUGGUGAAGGAAGUUGUAAUCAAAUGAGUACUGUUCGUAGAAACUUUUCGCAUUUCAUUACAAAAGAUUUUCAGGGUUAUGGUCCAAGAGUCAUGGUUAGGAGUAUAAAGAGUAUGAGGAAAGGAGAAGCAGUCACGAUUGCAUACUGUGACUUGUUGCAACCUAAGGCAGUGAGGCAGUCAGAGUUGCUGUCAAGAUAUAAAUUUGUCUGUAGUUGCCAGCGAUGUAGUGCCAAGCCCCCAACUUAUGUGGACCAUGCUUUGCAAGAAAUCUCUGCUUUCAAUGUGGAAUUGCUUGAUUCAACUUCGAUUAGCAACUUUGAUUAUGACACUGCAAUGAGAAGAAUAGAUGAUUAUGUUAACAAUGCCAUCGCUGAGUACCUGUCUAUUGGUUCCCCUGAAUCAUGUUGUGAGAAGCUUCAAAACUUGCUUACUUUAGGUUUCUACGACGAGCAAGCAGAAGACGGGGACGGAAAACAGCUUCUUAACUUAAGGCUGCAUCCCGUGCACUUCCUGUUGCUGAACACGUACACUGCUCUAGCAUCGGCUUACAAAGUCCGUUCAUGGAAUGACGAUGAAAAUCAAUGCAACGCUACGAUGAGCAAAACAAGUGCAGCAUACUCCUUGUUCCUUGCAGGUGCUACUCAUCAUCUUUUUCUUAAUGAACCAUCUUUGAUUGCUUCUGCUGCAAAUUGUUGGGUUGUUGCUGGAGAGUCUUUGCUCAUUCUUGUUAAACACAGCUCAUUAUGGGGCUCCAACACUUCAAAAUCGAGCUCCCCUAUGGGCGAAAUAACGUGUUUAAACUGCUCAUGGGUCGAUAAGUUCAAUACGAAUAGAAUACAUGGUCGAUCUAUAGAAGCAGAUUUUCGGGAGUUUUCUAUUGGUAUUUCUAAUUGCAUUGCUGAUAUUUCACACAAAUAUUGGAGCUUUCUGGCUCAUGAAUGCUCAUAUUUGAAGGCUUUCACUGACCCCUUUGAUUUCAGCUGGCCGAAGACGAUCACGACAUGUUUGAAUUACCAUGGUCGUUCGUGUGAUUGUAGUAAAAUUCAAGAUGUUUCUGAGCAAGACAGGCAAUCUAUCUUUGAGCUUGGUAUCCAUUGCUUAUUCUAUGGAGGUUAUUUAGCAAGUAUUUGUUAUGGUCACGAUUCACAUUUGGCAUCCCAGAUUGAAUGUAUUUUACAUGACAUGAACUGAUACAGUUAUUUAGUAGAUAUGUAAGUUAUUCUGCGACUGAAAUCUUGUACUCUCCCCUCCCCACCCAUUGUACAAAAUCGGCCAUUUUUUACACAUUAUCUUUAUU